AUGUCGUUUUUUUUUGCUGUUGUUGAGGAUCAAUGGUUCGUGCCGGCAAAGGACGUGCUGUGCAUCGAGCCGAGCCCGAACGACGGACACGCUGUCCGUGUCAAGCUCAUCUACACCUACGAGUUCAAGGCACUGUCGCAGACGAUGCGCGGAGCCAUUCUGGAGACGGCAGCGUCGAACGGGUACGGGCCGGUGGUGGCCGGCUCGAGAUGGGGCGGGGUGGGUGCUGACGACAGUAGCAAGUCGUGGCGGCGGUCGGUCACGCUCUUCUAUAACGCCGACGAGGUCGACGCCAAGUUGAAGAAGGCUCCGGAGAGCCAAAAUGGUGCGAAGAAGCAGGCCGAAGCGGCGCGGCCGGCGACCGAGGAGGACAAGCGCGGGCUGGCCAAGCAGGUGACCGAGAUGAGGGCACUGUUUGAGACGCUCAAGGUCAACCUGCCCGACAACGGCGAGAUCUCGUUCACCACGUCGACCAUGCUCAGCUCGCUCGACGGCAUCAAGGCGCAGAUGGAGGCAAUUCUGGGAACGCUCGAGGGCAACGGGCCAUCGGCGGGCAAGCCAACGCGGCGACAGGCGUCGUCGACGGGCUCGUCGACGACGUCGUCGAGCCCAAGUGUCGGCAAGUCGGUGCUGGCGGCGGCGAGUGGAAAGGCGAUUGAGUCAUCACCGUCGUCGCCGUACAGCUCGAUCCUCAAGAGCUCCUUUGGUGGUGAGGGCAAGGGCAAGGUCAAGCGCAAGACUAGCAAGAAAAAGACCAAGCAGACCAUCGGGUCGGCCAAGCCGUCACACCUCGACGACGACGAGCUCGACUCGGAUGAGUUCUCGCACGCGACGGCGAUCGACCGCCAGCUCUCGACAAUGCUCACUCUCGACGACUCGUUCUCGUUCUCCUCGUCGUCGGACUCUUACUCGUCGUCGGAUGAGAUCUUCCUCGAUGCAUCGGUGAUGGCAGACACGGCGGUGCCGGCCGCAUCGCCGAGCAGCCUGCAGACAGCGCUGGGCGUCGAUGUCUCGCUCACUGGCGAGAGCUCGGCCAAGCUGAAUGUCAGCGGCGACGAGGUAUCGGGAGAGUGUGAAAGCUCGUUCUCCGACUCGGACUCGGGAUCGUGCGACUCGGUGGUGGCGCUUGGCGAGCCCACGCCCGAACCGCCGGCCAAGUCACGGGUGCCACCAGCCAAGCCACCACCACCAGUGAUGGCUAUGCCGCCGCAGCGUGACCUGGCGCCAGCCAAGAUUGACCCCGGGGCCACCGAAAUGGGCGGAGGCGGCGCGGGCAGCACGAGCGGGAGUCAGCGACGGCGGCUGACGAGUGGGCUGACCCGGAUUGUGGGCCACUAUGCGCGCGACGAGCGGCUGAUGCCACCGCAGCAGCUGACGAUGCGGACGCUGCGGCGAGCACAGGAGCAUACCAAGGCCAAGUACGAGGCGGUCUUUGGAGUUGUCGCCCUCCUCGACAUGCAUCUGGCGUCGGGCGGACCACGGGCGCUUCCCGCACUCGGGCCGAUCGAGGUCUUUGUAGAGCUGCUGGCCCUGAUGGCGUCGCUGCGCGCGGUGCGGGUGCUGGCGAUCAUGGCGUCGCCAACAACAGUCGACCUCCUCACAGCAGUCAUGGAGCUUGAGGUGUCCAAGCCACAGGACCUUAUCGUCAACCUUGCGCAGGUGUACAUUCCACUGGCGAGAUCGGUUCGGACCGAUUUCUCCUCCGAGAUCCUCAUCCCGCUCUCCCAGUCGCCGCUCAUUCCCAGCAUCAUCGAGCACGCAGAACGGGCACCGACAUCUGCGGCGCUCAACGAGGUGGUUCUCGUCCUCAUGUCGUGGCUGGCGUACGACAUGCGGUUCCGGACCAUGUUUGCUGACGCCUCCAGCGAUACGAUUGCCAUCCGUGCGCUGAACACAUUUUCCAACGAGCGGACCAUCCUCAAGGCCGCGUUCAAGUACCUGUAUCUGGUGUGCGACCGCGAGUCUGUCCGCGAGCGGUGUGGCGGCGACGGGCUCCGCGGCCUGAUCGAGGCUGUCAACGACCACCUUGACGACGCGCGCAUCGCAGAGUACGCGUUGGCCGCCAUGGGCCAGGUUGUCCUCAACGUCGAACUCAACCUCAAGUUUUCUUCACAGCCGCACGGGAAGAACGCAGCCGUCAUGGCACAGCUCAUCCAGCUCAUUCGCAGGCUCUGUGGACUCGCUGACGUCCGUCCGCUCUUUCGCACCAAGGGCGAGUCGAAGAUCCUUGUCGACGCCAUCAAUACCUUUCCCAACGACAUGUACAUCAACAAGGACGCCGAGUGGAUUCUUCGCGUCCUCUGUCAGCGCGAGCAACGCGGGCUCAUGUACAGCUUCCCGGGCGUCGAGGAUGCCAUGGCCCGCGCCCGCGCCAUGAUCAUGGCCUCCAACGUGGCCUACAUUUGACCGCCACGUGCUUGCUGACCAGUCAGCUACCUACCAUUGGCGGAUGCCAAAGGAUCGCUAGUACAUGCGGCCGGCUCAGCGAUGCAAAGCUUAGAGCUCCGAUGGGGUCGACACCGUCGGCUCCGGAGGAGCAGUAGCCCAC